GGAACGUAGGGUUCUACAAACUGUCAAACCAAACUUCCCAUGGCAUGUGAAGGAAGACUGCUUCUCCUCUGCCCUCUAGGAUUUGACUUUCAAACCAUACAAUCUUCUUCUUUAAAACACUAACACUUGGUUACGUCGAAUACAUACAUGUUUUAAUCAACAUGUCAAUAUUCGUUACUCUUUUUUGCAUCCAACGUUUAUAAACUGGCUUCGACCUUUUUGCUUUGACUUCUGCUUUCGGUGUUUUUUUCCUUUUUAACAUGAAAGAACAGGGAAUUUAACCAGGUAAAAGGGAAAAGGAAAAGAAGGGUGUCGAGGGGUCCCAGUAGAUAACCACGUGGGACAGGGUGGGCCUGGCGGCGUCAGUCAAACUCUAUCAAGCCUUACCAAUCCAACCAUGACUCUCUCUCUCUCUGUCUCUCUCUCUCUUACUCCUUCAGAAUCUUGCAGUCAUCACCACCUUCACUAUCACUAAAAAAGUUCCUUUCUUUUUUAUGGGUUUGUUUCCCGUUUAAUUAUGAAUCCAUAGAUAAGAGUAGAGAGGGGCCUUGAUUUCAUAAGCCAAUGUAAAAAACUAAUAAAAAAUGGUUCUUUUUUUAGUCAAAUUUUGUUAAGCAAAAAAAGAGUAAGAAAAUGUCCGUUGCGGAGCUGAAAGAGAAGCACGCGGCGGCGACGGAGAAAGUGAACAAUCUAAGAGAGCAACUGAGGCAGAGACGCCAGCAGUUGCUCGAUACGGAUGUCGCCGAAUAUGCAAGUUCCCAAGGGAGGAGUCCAGUUACUUUUGGCCCAACGGAUCUGGUUUGUUGCAGGACCUUGCAAGGUCACACUGGCAAGGUAUACUCGUUGGAUUGGACUCCAGAAAGAAAUCGAAUUGUCAGUGCCUCUCAGGAUGGACGCUUAAUUGUGUGGAACGCUCUAACAAGCCAGAAAACUCAUGCCAUAAAGCUGCCUUGUGCAUGGGUUAUGACAUGUGCUUUUUCUCCAACGGGUCAAUCAGUUUCCUGUGGUGGUCUUGAUAGUAUGUGUUCUAUUUUCAACUUGAAUUCACCAACUGACAAGGAUGGAAAUCUACCAGUAUCAAAAACCCUUAGUGGGCAUAAGGGCUAUGUUUCAUGUUGUCAGUAUGUUCCAGAUGAAGACAUUCACAUUAUUACCAGUUCUGGUGAUCAGACAUGUGUUCUAUGGGAUAUUACAACAGGCCUCAGGACUUCAGUUUUUGGGGGAGAAUUUCAAUCUGGACAUACCGCUGAUGUGUUGUGUGUCUCAAUUAAUGGGUCAAACUCAAGAAUGUUUGUUUCUGGUUCGUGUGAUGCAACUGCCCGAUUGUGGGAUACUCGGGUUGCAAGUCGAGCAGUGCGUACGUUUCAUGGUCAUGAGGGUGAUGUUAACACUGUGAAGUUCUUUCCAGAUGGCAAUCGGUUUGGAACUGGAUCAGAUGAUGGAACCUGCAGGUUGUUUGAUAUCAGAACUGGUCACCAGUUGCAAAGAUACUAUCAGCAACAUGGUGAUAAUGACGUUCCACAUGUGACUUCGAUUGCGUUCUCCAUAUCUGGAAGACUCCUCUUUGCUGGAUACUUAAAUGGAGAUUGCUAUGUAUGGGACACUUUAUUGGCAAGGGUUGUUUUGAACUUAAGAUCUCUCCAGAACUCACAUGUGAACCGGAUUAGCUGUUUGGGUUUGUCAGCUGAUGGUAGUGCCUUAUGUACAGGAAGUUGGGAUACAAACCUCAAGAUUUGGGCAUUUGGAGGGUACAGGAGGGUGACUUGAGUCCUAAGACAGGAAACUAUUUCCAUGUUGCCAAUCCUCUCCAUGUCAGGUCCAUUCUUCCCAAUAGAGUCCUUCCUGCAUGAUCCUAUCUGGAAGAUUCAUUUGUAGUUCAAUCAUGUUUAUGGUUUGGGAAACCCUGAUCUUUUAUUGUUGCUUGUAACUUUCAUGUCGAAAAGUCAAUUUUAUUAGUGGGUAAAGAAAGAUAAAAGGUAGUAUGGCUUGAGAACUUGUAUUGGCAGAAAGGUUCAUUUGCAUUUGGUUAGCUUUUGCCUGAUUGUGAUAAUUUUUUUUUUCUCCCAUAGUAGCAACUAAUUGUAACCUGAGUGCUACCAACUCAAUCGUCUUACUUUGGUUUCCUUUAAUCCCAAUUCCUAUAACAUUUGUGUUUAUAACAACUCAAUGCUCCUGAGCUUUCAGAUUGUUUAUAACUCAAUGCCUUGAAGUAAAUUUUCUGCUUUGCCGUC